AUAAGAAACCAUGAAUGAGAGAGAAUGAGUGAGCUAGCCAGCAUAGGAGAAGAGAAAGACAACUGUCUCUCUCCUCACCUUUUACCUUCCCUCUCUCUCUCUCUUUCACGGGUAUUGGGUUUUAGCUUAGUGUGAACACCACAGCCAUAUUAGUAGCACUAACCUCCAUGAAGUCCAAAACCCUAAUACACACUAAUCACUGACCCCCAUUAUUAUAUCUAUUCUUGUUAUUAGGUGCAUUUUCCCAAAAUGUGCAGCAGCUUCCCCCUUAACAAGACAUCUCUUCCCUGUCUUAAGAGCUCCUUUUACAGGGCAUAUAUCAGAAUUACAACUCAUAAACUCCUCCAAGAAUGCCUCCCCUCACUGGAAUUCUCUUAUUCUGCCUCAUUGCUUCCUUCUCCACUCUAAUUACUAGUGCUCACCUCAAUCUUACCCUUCCUCACCAACACCCAUACCCUGAAUCUGUAGUUCAACAAGUACACAGGAGUAUCAAUGAGUCCAUUUCAAGAAGACAAAUACUGGACACAACAGUAAGAGAUAAUAACAACAAAUGCCAAACAGGUAAUCCAAUAGACGAUUGCUGGCAGUGUGACUCAAACUGGGCCAAAAACCGACAACGCUUAGCAGACUGUUCCAUCGGGUUCGGUCAGGCUGCAUUAGGUGGAAAGGGAGGUCAGAUCUACAUAGUCACGGAUUCCUCCGACAAAGACACAGUCAACCCAAUCCCGGGCACUCUCCGACACGCUGUCGUCCAAGAGGAACCACUAUGGAUAGUCUUUGCAUCCGACAUGUUCAUUAAACUAAAACAUGAACUUAUUGUCAACAAUUACAAGACAAUUGAUGGUCGUGGUGCAAAUGUUCAUAUUACGGGUAAUGGAUGCAUAACGUUACAGUAUGUGAGUAAUGUGAUUAUACACAAUGUCCAUAUUUACAAUUGUGCUCCUUCGGGGAAUACUAAUAUACGGUCGAGUCCAACGCAUGUUGGGUAUAGAGGUAAGUCGGAUGGGGAUGCGAUAUCUAUUUUUGGAUCUCGUAAUAUAUGGAUUGAUCAUUGUGCAUUGUCUCAUUGUACUGAUGGCUUGAUUGAUGCUAUUAUGGGGUCGACUGGUAUUACUAUUUCGAAUAACUAUUUUAGUCAUCAUGAUGAUGUUAUGCUCUUGGGACAUGAUGAUAAAUACUUGCCCGAUACAGGAAUGCAGGUGACAAUUGCGUUUAAUCAUUUUGGAGAAGGGUUAGUACAAAGAAUGCCAAGAAUUAGAAGAGGAUAUGUACAUGUGGUGAACAACGAUUUCACACACUGGCAAAUGUAUGCAAUUGGUGGUAGUGCUAAUCCUACUAUUAAUAGUCAAGGCAAUCGCUACACUGCUCCUGAUGACCCUAAUUUGAAGGAGGUGACAAAGCGAGAGGACACGGACAAUGGGCAGUGGGAUGCGUGGAACUGGAGGACGGAAGGUGACAUUAUGGUAAAUGGCGCAAUUUUCGUGCCAUCAGGCCCAGGCAUUACCAACAACCAAUAUUCCAAAGCCAACAACGUGGAUCCCAAAUCCGGUGAUCUCAUCAACCAGCUCACCGCCAAUGCUGGUGUCCUUGGUGGCCCCAGGGACAACAGCAUGAGCAUGUCCAAAGGAGGCACUACCGGAGCAAGCGGUAGUGGCAGUGGCAGCGGUAGUGGUCAUUCCGAGUCCAAUAGUGGCGAUGUUGACUUGUUCGGAAUGAUAUUCAGCGGUACUGGUGCAUCUGCAGCAUCAUCACCAUUACUAACAACCACCCCUAUGUUACUCUACUUUUUAAUUAUUCUGACUUUGUACAUAACCAUCACCAAACAAGAUGGUAUCAAUACCAUUGUUACUCUUACUAUAGCAUUGUAGGACACUGGAUUGUUAAAUUAUUAUUAUUCAUUUAAUUUGGAAUUAAAGAAAGUUUUCAUUCCACAAGUUUAAUUGUAUUCAUGAGAGUUCCACA